AUGGCCGACUGGUCAAACCAAAGCCUCAUCCGCUUCACUCACACAGAGUUCGUCCUCUUUGGGUUUCCUGGGAUUAUAACACACAGGAAGCUGUUAACCCUUCCCUUUGUCUUUGUGUACAUUCUAAUCCUGACAGGGAACUUCACCAUCGUCUACAGGAUCUUCAUGGAGAAGAGUCUGCAGGCCCCCAUGUACUUCUUCAUCUCCAUCCUCUUUCUUGCCAACAUUUCUUGCACCACUUCCAUCACUCCUAAGUUUCUCCUUGGUUUGUCUCUUGGUUUGGACCGGAUCAGUCGCGCUGGUUGUCUAGCCCAGAUGUUCUCCAUAUAUUCCAUGACUAUAUUUGAGUCUGGGGUAAUGCUCGCCAUGGCUCUGGACAGGUAUGUGGCCAUCUGUAGACCUUUACGUUAUAAUGACAUCAUGACCACACGGACCCUGGUGGUGUUGACCUGUGCCUGUUGGGCCAGAAGUGUUUGUCUUGUGUCUCCAGUUGUUAUAAUGACGUUUUCUGCUCAGUAUUGUAGAUCCAACAUCAUCCUGAAUUUUGUCUGUGAGAACAUGGGUCUCCUGAGUUUGGCCUGUGGGGACAUCUCCAGGCAGAAAUUGGUGGGUCUGGUUGUCCGUAGCUUCAUCACGUUGGGUGACUUCAGUCUUCUGGUUCUGUCUUACUCCACCAUUCUCAACACGGCCAUGAAGAUCGCCACUGGGAAAACACGGAACAAGGCCCUGAACACAUGUGGGACGCACCUGCUGGUGGCCAUGUUCAUCUACAUGUGUACAAUCAUAUCAUCUAUCAUAUACAGGAUGCAUAGGUCCAUAUCCAUCGACAUCCUCAAUCUGGUCAGUGCCAUGUACCUCAUGCUGCCGGCCACCGUCAACCCCGUGAUCUACGGCUUCAAAAUAAAAGAAAUAAGAAAAUGUCUGACUAAAUCCUGGAGGAAGAAAAAUCACUUAACAAGAACAUAA